UGCACCAGACAUGCCUCUGGUUUAGUAGUAACACCACACAGAUCCACACAACGCCUCCGGAAACAUGAAAAGUUAGUCAGAAGAAGUUUUCCCUCAAACAGCCGUCCGUGCUCACAGAUAGUUUCCUGCUCCUCAGCUGAAUGACGGGAUAGGAGACCGUUUCCACGGCAACGUGUCCAUCCCCAACCCUCAUCCCUUGUUCCUGACAGGCUGUGAAAACUGGACAAUUUGGCUUUGAUAAGACAAGCAAAAUCAACCAAAAAGUGUUUUUUUGGACUCCAGUGAAUGAAGAGUUUCAGUGAUGCCCCUGGUCAUGUUCAGCCCCGUUAUUGUCCCACAGAAAAGCGACCACGGUCUUUUGUGUUUCACAACGGCAGCACAGAGAAAAGGCUGACGAGGCAGCAGCAGCCGCCGACACUGAAAGGACGCAACUCAACUUACACAACCGGAGUGAAUUUCAGUUGACACCCACCCACCUGAGAUGUGCACGGAAACAGAAGCGUGCUGCAUUUGAAGUGAACUCAGGGCGCUGGGCUCUGUGGUGAAGUCUAGUUAUGGAUUUGAGGUCAACACUUCUGGUCAUUGGAGGAUCAGCGUGCUCCUUCAAACUGCUGAACACGAUUGUCAGACUUCUGCCAACACCUGUGCAAGCAAGCAAGAAAGCCUGGAGGUGGAGGAAUAUCAGCACUUCUUUAGCUCACAGCUCGCUGACAGGAGCAUGGGCUGUGUUGUGUUUCUACCUUCAACCUCAGACGGUGGAGGACCUGAUCUCCUCUCACUCUGUGUUCUCCCACAGUCUUGUAGCUGUGUCUACAGGUGAGACUCUGACACUAACACACACAAAAGAUCAGCAGACAGAUUACUUUAUCCUGCCAUUAGGCCCCAGAUCAACUCUCAAUCUCACCACAUUGACAAUGGAAACAGAAAAGGGAACUCAGCCCUCUCCACCAGCAUUUGCAUUCAUUUCUUUAAAGUCUGGAUCUAUGAGGUUCAUGAUGUUUUGUGCAGCAUGUACAUGUGUAUAUUUGAUGCAUGCUUUCAUACAACUCUCUCCCCUAGGUUAUUUUAUCAACGACCUCUUGGACUUGGCCGUGAAUCAGUCAUUCAAACAGUCCUGGGAGCUGCUCUUCCACCACUCUGUGGUGAUCUCCUGCUUCAGUGUUGCUGUAACGACCCGUCUCUAUCUGGGCUUCGCUGUGGUGUCGCUGCUCGUUGAGAUCAACUCUGUUUUCCUUCAUAUCAGACAGCUCCUCCUCCUGUCAGGACAGAGGAACAGGCCCGGGACUGAAGUUACAGCCCCUCGCCCCUCUGUGGCCUAUGUAACGACCAGCUGGCUCAACAUGGGAACGUAGGUGGUGCAGUGAUUCUCUGCUGGAGCUUUCACACAGUUCACGUGAUGAAAUCCGCCGUCAAA